GAAGGUGGUGUCAAUGACUAGAGAUUAGGGACGGUGGAAUUUUGCAUUUGUUACGCAGCAGCUGCAGUGGGUCCUUUCAGCACAAGGGGCAGAGUCCAGAAGCACGGAAUGAGCUGACAGCGGUGAUAGGAAAAGGGACAGAGGGAGAGAGGAGGCACAAGAAGAAAAAGGACAGUGACGAGCAGUCAUUCUCUAUCAGAUCUUGUGGAAAAUCUGACCAAGGGAGAGACUUCUCUGGAAUAAACUACCUCACCUCCCCCCUCCCUUUUUCCCCAUCCCAGCCAAACACUGCUGGAAGGAACGUGAGUCUAUAUAAAUUACUUCAGUUAAUCCUUGCUGUCUCUGCUACAAAGAGGACUCAUUUGCCAUGGUGAAAGAAAAAGUGGCCCACUCCCAAGAGCCUCCUCACUCCACUGAGAAGCCUGUCAUCCACUGCCAUAAAUGCGGGGAGCCGUGUAAGGGGGAAGUGCUCCGUGUCCAGUCCAGGCAUUUUCACAUCAAAUGCUUCAUCUGCAAAGUGUGUGGCUGUGACCUGGCCCAAGGUGGUUUUUUCAUUAAGAAUGGGGACUACCUCUGCACUGUGGAUUACCAGCGCAUGUAUGGAACCCGCUGCAAUAGCUGUGGGGAAUUCGUGGAAGGAGAAGUAGUGACAGCUUUGGGAAAAACCUACCAUCCGAACUGCUUUGCCUGCACUGUUUGCAAACGCCCGUUUCCACCAGGAGACCGGGUUACCUUUAAUGGAAGGGAUUGUCUCUGCCAAAUGUGUGCUCAGCCAAUGUCCACCAGUCCAAAAGAGAUCUCCAGCUCGAGCAAUUGUGCUGGCUGUGGAAGAGAUAUAAAAAAUGGCCAAGCACUACUAGCACUGGAUAAGCAGUGGCACCUGGGAUGUUUUAAGUGCAAGGCCUGUGGCAAAGUCCUGACUGGGGAAUACAUCAGCAAGGAUGGUUCCCCUUAUUGCGAAAAGGACUACCAGGUUCUCUUUGGGGUCAAAUGCGAAGCAUGUCACCAGUUCAUUACCGGGAAGGUCCUAGAGGCAGGUGACAAGCAUUACCAUCCGAGCUGUGCACGAUGCAGCAGAUGCAACCAAAUGUUCACAGAAGGAGAAGAAAUGUACCUGCAAGGUUCCACUGUAUGGCAUCCCGACUGUAAGCAGUCCACUAAGGCAGAAGAUAAGCUACGGCAUUCCUCAUCUGAUUUCUUUUAUCCAAAGAGUCUGAUUCUGCGCAGACCACGCUCCACAGAGCUGUUACCACCGCCUUGCAUAAUGAACUCAAUCAAAAAACUAAGGCAGCCUACAAGAACAUCAUCUGAAAGUAUUUAUUCCAGACCAGGUUCCAGUAUCCCUGGCUCACCAGGCCAUACUAUCUAUGCAAAAGUAGACAAUGAGAUCCUUGAUUACAAGGAUUUAGCAGCUAUUCCCAAAGUCAAGGCCAUUUAUGACAUUGAACGUCCAGACCUAAUUACUUAUGAGCCAUUCUACACUUCUGCCUCCGAGGACAGACAGGAGAGACAGAGUCUUGGAGAGUCUCCAAGGACGCUGUCUCCCACCCCGUCGGCAGAAGGUUAUCAGGAUGUUCGUGAUCGGAUGAUUCAAAGGUCAACUAGUCAGGGCUCUAUUAGUUCUCCAGUGUACAGUCGACACAGCUACACACCCACAAUGUCACGCUCCCCUCAGCAUUUCCAUAGACCUGCUUCAUUCUACAUAGGCAAUGAGCCGUCCAGCGGCCGGAACUCCCCUGUCCCUUAUCGGCCAGACAGUCGCCCUCUAACUCCAACUUACGUUCAGGCCCCUAAACAUUUCCAUGUUCCAGAUCAAGGCAUCAACAUUUACAGGAAACCACCCAUCUAUAAACAACAUGAUGCAGCUGCUUUGGCAGCACAGAGCAAGUCCUCCGAGGAUAUCAUCAAGUCCUCCAAGUUCCCAGCAGCCCAUGCUCCAGCACCCAACGAGAUACCAAAGAUUGAGACGGACCACUGGCCAGGUCCUCCCUCACUUGCGGCUGUAGCAGGAGCUGACAUGAGACGCAGAUCAAGCGGCAGAGAGGAAGAAGAUGAAGAGCUCCAGAGACGUCGGCAGCUACAGGAGGAGCAGCUCAUGAAGCUUAACUCAGGUCUGGGGCAAUUGAUAUUAAAAGAAGAAAUGGAAAAGGAGACUCGCGAUAGGCCACCUCUUCCAGCCAGCCGUUACGAUUCUCCAGCCUCAGCCUCCAAAACCUCCUCCCUCCCUGGCUACGGAAGAAAUGGACUGCAUAGGCCUGUGUCUACAGACUUUGGUCAGUACAAUAGUUAUGGGGAUGUGAGCAGUGGUGUUCGAGAUUUCCAGUCCCUCCCGGAUGGUCAUGUCCCUGGAAUGAGAAUGGACAGAGGAGUGUCUAUGCCUAACAUGUUGGAACCAAAGAUUUUUCCAUAUGAAAUGCUCAUGGUGACCAACAGAGGGCGAAAUAAAAUAUUAAGGGAUGUAGACAGAACCAGGCUUGAGCGCCACUUAGCACCAGAAGUUUUUCAAGAAAUAUUUGGCAUGACAAUACAAGAGUUUGACAAGUUACCUCUUUGGAGACGCAAUGACAUGAAGAAGAAAGCUAAACUCUUUUAAUUUCACUCUACAUCUAUACCCCUGUAAAAAAAAAAAACUGCAUAGGAUAUUAUAUUAUGAAGUCCAAAUUCUCUUUGGAGAACAACUUACUCAUCCACCUAAAAGGGAAAAUCUAACACAGGCACCUGUAUUGAUAGCAGUUGGGCCAAGAUGAACAUUUGCCACUGGGGUAAAAAUUUCUGUGUUCAGAAACUUGAUGGUAGUUUUCACAUGUGUAAACUUUUUACAUGUUGUAUACAUGAUAGAAAGCAGCUCUUUUCUUCUCCCUCAAGAAUAUUCCCUUUAUUUUUGUCCAUAAUAUGACAGACUCUAUUGCUAGAGCCAGGAAGUGCUCUUAAGCUGCCUAGUAGAAUGAAAGAAUUGUAAUCACAUCAAGAAGUGAAUAUAUAUGUAUAUAUAUUCUGUAGUAUACUCAUAUGGCAAAAUUUAAUUCUUUUUGCAAAACCAUGUCUUAACUGGCACUGUUUUAAAACAGAAUCUUUUUUGUCUUCUGAAAGAAUGAGGCAGACAGUUUGCUCUGUUCUGGUGCAUACCAACCAAAUUAUUGGAAAACAAAUCCCCCACUUGUACCACAUCUAUGCUAGGAUAUCAAUAGUGGAUUGCUGUGUAUGUUUUCAGAUCUUUCCUCCUCCACACUUUCUGCUUCAAUUCACAUGGCAGGCUUCACCAGUUGUUUAAGUCAAGGGAAUGGUGGAGGAGUGGAAGUUUUCUUGUUUAGUCUAAGGUUUUGGGGAAAGUGGUGGGUGGAGGGAGUGAAAGGAUUAAAGGGAAAAUCUUCUCAAAUAUGCCCUGGUGCACACCCACGGACUUUGGGGCAAAUUCCCUGCUGGUGAAAAUUGGCUCAGCUGCACUGAGUUACAUCAGCAGAGAAUUUUUUUUCCUGGGUGGGCAGACAUGCAAUUUAAUCCCUCUUCUGUGUGAAAUAGCUCUCCCUUGCACUGUGAUCUCACAACUGGCUCGUUGGUUAAAUCACUGUUGCAGUAAGACAUUGACGAUACUGGGCAGCAUAUCAAGUUGAGCAUUUUUUUUUGUUGUUGCUUGUGGUUAACGAGUUUUCACUCAUGCUUUGAAAAGAAGGUUUGGAAUUUGUUUGUCUUUCUUUAGAUGCUACAAAGAUGCAGUCUUGGUAUUUUGAGUUUUUGUUGUUUUUUUCCAUUGUGCCUGGCACGGUUUGUAGGGAGGGGAAGGGUUUUUUUCAUGAGUUACACUCAUAACUGCUUGCAUUCUUUUCCUACUGUGCUCCAAAGUGUGAGGCUUGCCUAUAUAUAACGUCACUGCUUGGACAUGAAGAACACAUUAACUUCUUUGAAGCUAGCUUAGCUGCUGAAAGGUCCAUCUCUUCUCCUCAUUGGGACUGAACUGCUAAUGUAUCCAUCUCUUUUAUGGGAGCACUAGUCUACAGAGGGAUGUCAAGAUUUUCCUUUUAGAAUUGAUAUAGUCACCAUGGGAGAGACCAGAGCCCUUCAUGUUUUCUGUUCCGGAGAAGGAGGUGGUGGCCAAAGUCAUGCAGGAGACACGAGAUUCUGGAUCAUUGUACUGAAUUCUACCCUUCUACUCCAGCAGGAUUGCGUGCUGUCCUAUAAUCAUCUCAGUGUGCCGAAUUAACCAAACCACGUUUUCCCACUGCUGUCCCAGAGAAGCCUAAUCCAACAGAGCCCGUGCUGUUCCCCUGAAGAGAUCUGAGCAAAGAGUUCAGUAUCUGGCGGACAGCCCAGGGGGUCCAUACUGCCUGCAUGCUGGAGAGCACAGCCAGGGUAAAAGGAUGGUGCAGACCACGGGAUGAGCUGUUGGAGGCACUACCAUGUCUCACCAGCAGCCAUUACCUCUAACGAAGCAAGAGCACGGAAGUUCAGUGAACAGUGCAACUUGGGCCCAAAUGAAUCCCUGGGGUAAUUCCAGUGACUUCAGUGGGGUUGCAGCAAGAGUCACGUCUGUGUGGUGUUGUGCUUCAUGUUUCAUCACAAGCGGAACACACAUUUCUAAAUUAUAAUGAACAAGCACAUGGGGGUGUAACUGCUGAGCUGUGAGAUGCAAAUCUGGAUAACCAGUGAAACCAAACACAGCAUACUUAAGGGGCAAACAUCUUCUGAUUAAAUUUGGCAGGGUUGGGACUUGCUGAAAUGUGCUGUUUGCUUCUUGCAGAUUAUGGCUGCAUUUCAACCUGGAUAUCAAUCGGGUGUCAGUUUAAAAAACAAUCCUGAAAGCAUGUAGGCCCCAAACCUGCAGAGGAAUACACACGAACAGCAUGUGACAGAUCCUUGUGAACAGUUAUUUUGGUGAUCAAUCUACAUCUUUUUUCCAAGUUAUAAUUUUCCAGUUUGUGGUAUAGAAAAAAUUGCAAGCUUGCAAACCAUGUGGCUCAGCUCCCUCCAUUUAUAAAUGUAUUAUUAAACAUUUCUACAACAGACUAAGGAAGAUUAUCCAGUGGAAGAGUUGAAAAACAGCAUUUGAAUUUCAAAAUGUCUGACUUUCAGGUUAGAUUGUACCUAUUUGUUACCAGUUUUGACCUAUUGUCACUAUCCCUGCCUAGAAAGAAAUGAAAGAAGACAAUUUAGAGGCCCAGACAUCUCAGCAAACUCCUGAAAAGGAGCACCGAUGAUAAAGACACUGAUGUCAUUGUCCUUCACAACCGGGGGUUUCCCCAGUACUAAGAAAUACAUGGGGCUGUUCAGGAAAGUUAGGAUGAAUCAAAUAAAAGUGUGAAAUUAAAGCAUGUUAAUUACAGAAGAAACCAGUGCUCAUUGUAGCUAAAUUCUCCACUCCUGUUGACUAAGGCAACUGCUUCACCUCACAUCUUUAGCUAUUUGUCAUCUUAACUUUCUUGAGUGUCCCCCUGCACACAAGUCCUAGAGAUCCCAUGUCUUUAAGAAUCACUACUGCAGCCUUGGGGCCUGUUUUCUCCAGUGAGCUAUUAAUUCUCACCACAAAUUUUUCUACUCUCAUGUCAGCCAGAGGAGGCAAGUAAACAGAGACAUCGCCCCAGGGAAAUGCUUCUUAGUUUGUGAAUCAUUUCCCUAGCACCACUCCCAUAUGCUGUUGGUUUUGGAUCUAACUUCAAGAUGUAGGUAAAAAUUCCCCUUCCUUCUUCAACUUCCCUGCAGAUAUGCUGCUCUUCACAUAGGUUCCCAUUUGCAGAUAUGAAUGCAUAUUUGAAGUACGCAGACACCUGAUUGCUGAUAUGCUCACAUGCUCUGAGUGCAAACUAAUGCAAGGCCAGGGUGGAAGUCGGUGCAGAAUUUGGUUAUAGGCACUUCUUUUUUGAAAAUGCUACCCCUUAUUCACUGCUAUUCAUUCAGGUGUGCGGCACCCAUCCCAGCAAUGAUGAGGUUGCUGAGGAAUGCUGUGCCAUAUGAAUCAAUAAUUUGACUUACUGUUUUUGUCCCCCCGCCAUCAACUAAGAGACAGAAAAAGGAUUUUUAUAUAAAUUAGAAAGAAUCAUAGAAUCCUAGAACUGAAAGGGAGCUCAAGAGGUCAUCAAGUCCAGUCCCCUGCCCCCACUAUAGGACCAAUCACCAUAGAUCAUCCCUGACAGGUGUCUUUCUAACCUGCUCUUAAAUGUCUCCAGUGAUGGAGAUUCCACGACCUCUGUAGGCAAUUUAUUCUUGUGUUUCACCACCCUGACAGUUAGGAAGUUUUUCCUAAUGUCCAACCUAAACCUCCAUUGCUGCAAUUUAAGCCCAAAGCUUCUUGUCCUAUCUUCCGUCACCAAGCAAUUCUGUGUCAGAUAAGGAAGACUUGACCAGUCCAAUGACAAUGGGCUAUUGUAAGUGAAUUCAUUUAAACUCUGGCUGGAAAAUACACUAUAUCUUCUUUGCAUGUCUUCUUUGCAUGCAUCAUGUCUUCUUUGCAUGUUUUAGGAUUCAGCUGGUAACAGGAAGGAUAGAUUUGAAAGUUUUUAGACUUGUCCAAUACACUCAACUUCCCACUGAAAUAAUGAAACAUGAAACAUUUUUUCCUUUUAAAACAUGUUUGAGGAGCUUCAUUAUAUUAUUCUGCCUGCCUUAGCAAAUAACACCUUCAUCCUAAUGGCAUUUAAAAGAGAUUGGAGACUAUCAAACAUUUUAAAGGUUGUCUAGCAAGAAUACAUAUGUGUUCUCAGUUUCUGGUUAGUAGCUACUCCUGGAAUAUGCUUUAUGGUGACUUGUAAACUCAGAUCAGCUGCUGUAUGCUGUCAAAGGGGGCUGGAAAAGUGAUGAGAGAAUUAUCAGUUUUACAAGGUGUAAAAAUUUGUAUUGUGAUUCCAAUCAUGUUCUUGUUUCUUCCUGGCAGGAAUGGGCUGUCUUUCCUUUGAUGUUUGCCUGUUUCAAAGUUUAGCUCGGUCUGGUGGUGAAGGUUUUGUCAUCCUUUCCCCAUUCGUAGGCUUACCUUGGAAAGCCACCUUCAGCCAGCAGUUCCAAAAGUCCUAUUAUUGAGGAAUAAUCUGAAAAGAUUAAUUAAACUUGCAUUAGUCACCAUUCUUUGAAGCCAAAUCCAUUCAUAAGCAGUUGUCCCUCUCAAGGAGUUUACGCUGUGACCAGUUUUAAAGCUGAAGUUAAUCUUUCCAAAGAGAGAACUAUUUUUUUUCUGUUAUAAAUAUCGCAGGGAUGCCUUGGGGGUGGAGAGUGGGUCUGGGUCAUCCAGGUUAGAAUCAUAGGCUCCUAGGGCUGGAAGAGACCUCAGGAGGUCAUUGAGUCCAGGACCAAUCCCAACUAAAUCAUCUCAGCCAGGACUUUGUCAAGCCCAGACAAAAAUCUCUAGGGAUGGAGAUUCCACCACUUAACUUCUAGGGAUGGAGGUUCCUCUAGAACUCCUCAGAGGUGAAUUUAAAGUGCUUAAGAGGAAAAAAAUGUCAGGUCAACCAAUCUCUUUGAAGUCACUGGAGUCAUGGAUAAAUGUAAAUCUGAACAAGUGUAAAUCAGGAGUAUGUCUACUGAAGUCAGUGGAGAUAAACUGAUGUAAAAAGUGACUGCCGAAUCAGACCCCAGAGAGAAAGAGAGGACCGCACUCAGCACUGGCUGGAUUAUAUCCCAAAGACCUAAUACUGAGUAAUCCUGAGCACCUGUAGCUCCCAUUGACUUCCGUGGAAGCUGGGAAUACUCAGCACUUGUAAAGGAUGGGCUUUAGGAUAGAGGAGUAUGUAAUGAAUGAAAAAUCAUUUCUCUUCCUCCUUUUCUCCUCUUCCAUCUCUAUUGACUCUCUUUCAGGGUUUCUUUGUGGGGGGAGGGGUGGUUCGUUUUCUUGUUCUGCUACGACACGCUCCACAUGUUGGAUGUUACUUUAUAUCCACUGAGAGAACCAGUCACAAGAAAAUUCACCACACACCUAUUUGCCUCAUUGGAGGGGCCUGGGCAAGAAGCCGACCUGUCCUGGAGCCACAGUCAUCUUUGUGCACCCCGAUCCUGCAGUCAGCAGUCACUUAAGUAGCCCGAGAGCCACUGCACUGUUCACCCACGCAGACUUCAUGGAACUGCUUAGGUAAACAAGGGCAGCAGGGUUCCCUGACGCAUGCCAGGGAAGGCUGUUUAGAUCUGGGGUACGGUCCUAUGACAAUGUAAUGAGGAGCACAGAAAGUGUUACUGUGCUCUGUGAUGCGAGAACAUGCCUUUCUCCUUCCGUAUGAAAACACCACCAGUAAUUGGGUACAAGGCCCAUAGUGGUUGGCAGCUGGUGUGGGUUUUGUCUUGAGAUUCCCUUCCCCAUCUUUUGUCUCCCAGUUACAUUAUAAGAGCCCCAGUGUUGUGCAAAGAUUUGGACGUUCCCAUUGCAAGCCCCCCUUGUCAGGCAUCUGCCUGACACCGGCAAGCAUAUUCCUUUAAAUGUAAGCACCAGUGCAGGAAGUAGAGGGAUAAUUGGCCAUUAAUAUUAUUGCCAUUAAAUACUUUAUUUCCCAAAGGGCUUCUAACAAGGAAAUGUAUUUAUGUUCAUGACUUCCUAAAAAUGUUCCUCCACACAAGAGAAUAUUGAUACGGCGUGUUUUGUGAGGGUUAUUUACUGAGAUGAAGCAGUCCUUACUGUUUGCUCUGAAGGCAAACAGAUAUUUAAUCUGCACAGUCUUGCAGAAUAUUUACAGGGGAUGUAUCAGACACAGCACGCAGGGCCAGAUUUUCAAACGUAUUUAGGUGCCUAUUUUCUAAAGAUGCAGAGAGGAAUUGAAAGUCAAUGGUAAUUAGAUGCCUAUCUGGUUUAGGCACCUAAAUGCCUUUGAAAUGCUUUACAGAUGGUUGGGGGUUUACGUUUUUUGGAGAUAAAAAAGCUAGAUUUCAUUUUAAAUUGGGAGGUUUCAGCAAUGGGUUUUUUGUUUUGUGUUAGAUUUCAUUGUGUUUUCUCCCCUCCCUUCAGAAACCUAACAACCCCAUCUUUUUGAAAGAUUCUUUUUUCAUUUGUGGGACAGUUCUGUUGCCGAGUCUUUCAGUAAAAGUGCUUUGAUGUCUGUCUGUACAGCGAGUCCGCUUGUUUGCAAACUGAGAAGUUGACCUAGGUUGCUGUUCUGUACAAUUACUGAUUUCUCCACUUUCAUAUUGCAAGCAACACACAUGGCACUCCUAUGCCUCUAUAAUCUGCAUCACUGUUGUACUCAAAUCAAGUCAAUGAAUAAAGUUUUGUGCUUUAUUCUAAA